AACCGGCAAGUCGACUAUAACCAGUCAGAUAUACAAAAUGUCGGCGAUAACAUCGUUGAAUCCUAAAGCCGAAGUAGCUAGAGCCGCACAAGCUUUGGCUGUAAAUAUAAGUGCGGCUAAGGGUCUUCAGGAUGUUCUUCGAACAAACCUGGGGCCGAAAGGAACCAUGAAAAUGUUGGUAUCUGGUGCUGGUGAUAUAAAACUAACAAAAGAUGGAAAUGUUUUAUUACAUGAAAUGCAAAUUCAACAUCCAACAGCAAGUUUGAUUGCUAGAGUAGCUACAGCUCAAGAUGAUAUAACUGGAGAUGGUACAACAUCUAAUGUUCUUAUUAUAGGGGAGCUAUUAAAACAAGCUGAUCUCUAUAUUACAGAGGGAUUACAUCCAAGGUUAAUAACUGAAGGAUUUGAACUAGCGAGGAACAAAGCUCUUGAAGUUUUAGAUGAAGUCAAGAUAAGUAAAGAAAUGGAUAGAGAUGCUUUAAUACAGGUAGCCAGAACAUCACUACGUACUAAAGUUCAUCAAGAUUUAGCUGAUCUUUUAACUGAGCAUGUUGUUGAUGCUGUUUUAGCUAUAAAAAAACCAAAGGAGCCAAUUGAUCUUCAUAUGGUAGAACUUAUGGAGAUGAAACAUAAGACCGAUAUGGACACCAUUCUUGUUCGUGGUAUUGUUAUGGAUCAUGGUGCCCGACAUCCUGACAUGAAGAAAAGAGUAGAAGAUGCUUUCAUCUUGACGUGUAAUGUGUCCCUGGAGUACGAAAAAACUGAGGUUAAUUCUGGCUUUUUCUACAAGACUGCUGCUGAAAGAGAAAAGUUAGUUGAUGCAGAAAGGAAGUUUAUUGAUGAUCGAGUUAGACGUAUUAUUGAAUUUAAGAAAAAAGUUUGUGAUGGAAACAACAAAGGCUUUAUUGUUCUCAAUCAAAAGGGUGUUGAUCCUAUGUCUCUAGAUAUGCUGGCUAAGGAAGGUAUUGUAGCUCUCCGUAGAGCUAAAAGAAGAAAUAUGGAAAGAUUAGCUUUAGCUUGUGGAGGUAUGGCUGUUAAUUCCGUAGAUGAUUUAACUCCUGAUGUAUUAGGACAUGCUGGAUUAGUUUAUGAACAAGUACUAGGUGAAGACAAGUAUACGUUUUUAGAAGAUUGUAAGAAUCCAUUGUCUGUUACCAUUCUCAUCAAAGGACCAAAUAAACACACCUUGACACAGAUUAAAGAUGCUGUCAGAGAUGGGUUGAGAGCUGUCAAAAAUGCUAUUGAAGAUACCUGUGUUCUGCCGGGUGCUGGAGCUUUUGAAAUUGCUGCUUACCAAGAGCUGAUGAAAUACAAGGACCAGGUGAAAGGACGAGCCAGACUAGGUGUUCAGGCUUUUGCUGAAGCAUUGUUAAUUAUUGUGAAAGUUUUAGCUCAGAAUUCUGGUUUAGAUCCUCAAGAAGCCAUUGUCAAAUUACAGCAAGAAUAUAUUUCUCCUACUCAAGCUGUUGGUCUAGAUAUAAAAACUGGGGAAGCUAUAAUACCAGCUGAUUGUGGUAUAUUUGAUAAUUAUAGAGUUAAAAAACAACUUCUACAUUCAUGUUCUGUGAUCGCCACUAAUCUUUUGUUAGUAGAUGAGAUAAUGAGAGCUGGAAUGUCAUCACUUAAAGGAGAUUAAUAUAUCUUUAUAAUAGUUUAUAUCAUGUUUAUUUAAUAACUUGUGAUCAUUGGUUAUCAUGUAUUGUCUAGUGCUAUUUACAACAAUCUUUUCUCUUAAUUAUACCAAUAUUUAAACAUGCAUUUUAUGAAUUAAAUGCCCACAUUAAAUGUUGUCUUGCUUUUUGUAUUUCUGUAUUAAAUUUCUGAACAGAGAA